AAGGGGGAGAAUUUUAGGGCAAAAUUUUCACAAUUUUUGUAAGUCUAUGUUAUUAUUACCUAUGUUAGAGGAGCUAAAGCGUUGGUACCGAAUUGUACUUGUCAAGAUUUCUCAAGAUCUGACUGAAGAGGAAAGGGAAGAACUCUUGUUUUACUGUAAAGACCACAUUCAGAAGGGCUUGUCGAGUAAUUUCUCCGUUGGCGUUCAAAUUUUUGAUCGCUUGGAAAAAGCAAACGUAAUUUCCUGGGAGAAACUUGACUUCCUGACUGAGUUCCUUGGCGCAAUAAAAAGGCAAAAUCUUGUAACUAUGCUGACUGCAUUUGAGUUGACAAGAGAACUGAUGAUCUACGUUUUGAAAAGGCAGGAUUCUCAACCACCCAUGACUUCGUCGACCGCCAGUGUGGGACUCCAUUUAGCGGAAAUGGUGAACCAUGUCCAAGAUGGAGUUUACUUACCGGCCCAAGGAGUGAUCAAGGCUAUCCUUAAAUCCCAACAGAGAGCUUCUAACGUUUUGGAUGUCAUCCGCCGGAAAGCAUUGCCUAAAGCCAAAGAAACCGAGCCGAACACCUUCGCGUUGCUCGUCGCCAUUGCAGCCGAAAUUGUCUUGCUGGUGUUUGAUGAGAACCAAAAACAAGAGAAGUAUGCAUUGGACGUCGCCAUCGAGCUGGCUGACCACUUAGAGAAGAAGGUAGCCAACUAUGGCAGUUGGAAAGAAUUUUGCCGAUUUGUUGGAGAACGACAUAAUGGUUAUUUCUGUGAGCCUGUCGCUGAGCCAGCACCUGACUCGUCAUGGCAGUCGGUGUUGACCGACCUGGUAGGAAAGAUGAAGGAGGUUUUCUUUAGUUACUAAAAAGCGUAGAAACCCAUAACCGAUAGGUAGAUUCUUUGAUUUGAUUACGUGGUAUAACUGGGUAAGAUUUCGAUUAUAGUGUAAUCAAGUAAGUCAGGGGCAAAAGAUGGAAAAAUUUAAUUAGAAUUUAAAAUUUGAUAUUUGAAUCUAAGCAAAGCACACUCAUUGCGAGAAGAUGCUGUUUAUAGAGAUUUUCUUGUUUUCUCAAAAUUUAAAGCGUGGUUAAUUUUUAAAAAUUUUUAUCCAGGGUAACUUGAGAAUUUAUCGCUUAUUAAGUGGCUGAGAGCCUAUUUCAUAGAAAGUUACAUUAUGAGGUAAAUUGUUUCAGACUCAAUAGGUAACCUGAAGAGGUCAGUGGAGAUAUCUCACGAUAGUGUUGAAAAGUAUUUUCUUAUUCAGAGGUUCAGUUACCUUGAAUAAUAGCAAGCAACUUUCAUUGCUCUCAUUUGAAUUCAUAACUGAUAUUAUGAAUCAUUUUGUAUACAAUAUGUAUCGUUUAUGCCAACCAGAAAACAUGGUUGCAAUUUAAGGCAGAUGCCUUUAAAACUGAAUUAAUGGUCUAUGGUAAUGUUACAGAAAUUGAUCAUUAAGUUCGUGAUGUUUGACUAAAUUUCCAGUGGGGAAAACAGUCGUGUCACAUACCUGAAAAGGUAAAUUUUGCGGAACAAAAGAAGGAAAUGUUCCUUUCGUCAAGAGAUGUGGUUCUUAAGAUGAGCUCAAAUCUCGGACACGUCGCUGCUAUUACACUCCCAUUGUUGUAGCUUUGAGAGCUACUUGGUGGAUUGUAAAGAUAAGCUCAAAUCUCGGAGAAUUGAGAAUUUAUCGAUCACACUGAGCCUACUUCUAUUUAUGAGAAAUAUAAAUUUAAUGCAAAUUUACUGAAUUCAUGUCACGAGAUUCGCUCAACGUUCAUUGUUUAUUAAGUGGCUGAGAGCCUAUUUCAUAGAAAGUUACACGAUAAUGUAAACUGUUUCAGACUCAAUAGAUAACCUAAAGAGGUCAGUGGAGAUAUCUCACAAUAGUGAUUGAAAAGUAUUUUCUUAUUCAGAGGUUCAGUUAGCUUGAAUAACAAGCGACUUUCAAAGCUCUCGUUUGAAUUCAUAAGUGAUAUAAUGAAUCACUUUGAAGACAAUAUGUAUCUUUUAUGCCAACCAGAAAACAUGGUUGCAAUUUAUGGCAGAUGCCUCUAAAACUGAGUCAAUGGUCUACUGUAAUGUUACAGAGAUCGAUCAUUACGUUCAUGAUGUUCGACUAAAUUUCCAGUGGGGAAAACAGUCGUGUCACAUACCUGAAAAGGUAAAUUUUGCGGAACAAAAGAAGGAAAUGUUCCUUUCGUCAAGAGAUGUGGUUCUUGAGAUGAGCUCAAAUCUCAAAUCUCAAAGCUCAAUUCUCGGACACGUUGCUGCCUUGGUGGGUUGUAACGUCUGUAAUCAAGUGCUGUGUUUUGCCUCGUACUGAUUACAUUUCAAACCUGUGUGAUCCAUAGGCCAUUUGGCUAUGUGUCACAUGGUAACUAAGUGCACAGUGACGGUUAAUGAGGAUUUGUUACUGUGGAAGAUGAAUAUGGCUGCUCAUUUGUGUUGAAAAACGGCUCAUAUUUUCACAUUUGAGCUGACGUCUGCUCAAAAUUUGGCUGACGUCUCUUUUACAAUGAAUUCGUACUAGGAUUCAUUCAAUGUUUCAGUGUUUCAGUGGUACAAUUCGGAAAAGGUCAACUGACCUCAAAAUAC